AUGCAUCCUCCGACGUUCUCAGGGGGACAUGACCCGACGAUAGUAGGGGACUGGGUCGAGAAGAUUGAGAGGAUCUUGGAGGUCCUACAUUGCACAAACAAGCAGAGAGUUCUUUAUGCUACCUUCCAGUUAUCUAGGGAGGCAGGGCAAUGGUGGACUACCGUGAGUCUGCUGGAAAAGCAGAGGGCUGGUCCUAUAAAGAUGUCUUGGAGCUGUUUUAAGGAAGUGUUCUUUAACGCUAAGGCAGAUGAUUUUUCUACGUUGACUCAGGGGAGUAUGAUGGUACAGGGGUAUGCUACUCAGUAUAUAGAGCUAUCCUGGUUUGCACUGUGUUUGAUAUCGAACGAGUACGAGAAAACUCGAAGGUUUAAGAAGGGUCUGAGGAAGGACAUCUGCAGAUUAGCGGGGAUCGUGGAAGAAGAGGAACAGGGGCUCAGGUUACCGAUAGAAUACCGAGCAUCAGGGUUCUCAGAUGAGCUAGGUGGGUGA